AUGGGGGUAAAAGGCAGGUUUGAUCCAUCCAAGCCCAUCGACGACCCGACAGUCUGGUAUCCGCAUCCGAAUUUAUGGGUUAAGCUUGACACUAGCAGCAAAGUUCGAUCCGGCGACGGCGAUAAUAAUGACCUUAAAGAUUGUGCAUUUGCGUUGGAUUCUGCCGAUUUUGCGAAACUGAAUCGCUACGUCUGGACGGCCAAGUUACUACCUACCAAUCGCAACGACUACAUGUGCUACAACAGCAUCCCAUCGAACAAUGAGCUGCCUAAAGAAGUAUGGGACGCAGCUGACGGUGUCCUCGCGACGUAUGCUCUUAUGCAGAAAGAGGCCGACACAUUUCUUGAUGACACCUGGAAAGACCUAGUUAGUAUUUCUAACAAGAUCUUUAAUUACGCCAUGAAUGCCGGCGGGAGAAUUGACUCCUCGUACUAUCGUCAAUUGUUGAUCUGGGUAGGCGAUUACAACAAGGAGAACGAAAAGGAUAAACCCGACUACGACAAGUUGAAAGAAAUCCAAAACAGCAUCCUGGCGGUUACCAAAAGCGAAAUGAACAAUGCCAACAAGCUUCAAAGUGAAACAGACACGGCCAAGGGGGCGCUUAAGAGUUUCCACGAUGCUUGCGUAGGACACCAGAGCAAUCUCGAAGGCUCGUCCGGCACGCUGCAGAACCUAUUGACGGGGCAAAACGGGAUCAUCAAAGACUUGACAAAAGAAAUCGAAGAGCAAAUGAAGGAAGUAGCAAACCUCCAGGCGCAACUCGAAGCAGAUCGCAAGAAGAUUCGAGAUGCAGGUUACUACGUUUGGAUUCCCUUAUGGGGUACCAUCGCUGGCAUCGCCGUAGCCGUAUUGUCUGAAAAGGAUAUUGAACGAUUGAGGAAGAUCUUGGAGAGGGUUCAAGAUUUGAUCUGGAGCGAUCAAGACAAGCUAAGGAGUGCGAAAAUAAUAAGUUCUGACCUAAUUGGUAUGCAAACUUCCGUCCAGGAACUGGUUAAAUGCAUCCAGCCAGCCCUUAGUACACUGGAAAAGAUCCAGGGCGCGUGGUCCGCUAUGUCGGGCGACCUCGAAGGUCUUCAUGAUCUAUUCAAGAACAACCUCGAUAGCAUCCCGCCCCUCGUUCUCGAGGAACUGCAACUGAAAAAGAUUGUCGAGCAUUGGAAUCAGCUUAAAGAUGAUGUGGACAUCUUCCGCAAGAACAUGUAUAUGACGACAAUGCCCCCGAGGGAUACUAUUCAGGGCUUCCAAGAUAAACUUGGUUCCGUAGGAAAUUGA